AUGCCGUAUAGUCCGAUAAAUAAGCGUUUAACAGCGACUUUGGACAUACGUUUACAACACAGAUUUUCGGACAUCGGAACGGAGCUUUCGCGUACAACACAUUUCAAUAAAAUAGAAGUGCUCCGAUUGCUACAAAUGCAUUACAUGCUAACAAAAGACAACACGAAACCCAUGGAUAAGCUAAAUUUUAUAAAGUUCAUGGACGUUUUUUUAGGUGUGAGAAACGUAGAAGCCGUAGAUAAAAUAUAUCUACUUUGUGCCGGAACGAACAAGAAAUACUUAACUGGGCCCGAGUUCGUCAAGGUAUUGUCGAUGUUGUUAAAAGGAACCCUACCCGACUUGAUUCACUUUUGCUUCGAAGUCUACACGGAGAUGAUGAGGUCACCGAAAUACAUUAAAAAAGAGGACGUGUUACUGAUGUCCAGAAGAAACAGCAUGAAAAUGUGUAAAUUAGUCAAUAUGGAGGAGUACGAUCAGAGUUUCGUAGAUUUCGUCAUGACCGAGGUGGACAAGGAUCGUGAUAAUAGAAUAUCACUGGAAGACUAUCGUAAAGCUGUGCAGGAAAAUGUCGCUUGGUUGCAGUUCUUGGGGCAAAUCCUUCCGUCGUGCUCCCAAAAAGAGAUAUUUUUGCGAUUAUUCACGGAUCGACCAUACGUCAAUAAUUUAGAAUCUACAGCUGCAGCGAUGACUCGACGAAACAGGGAGAGCAUUGCCAGAAUGACCUUGCUGAAAUCGACAAUUAGCCAACCCGAUACCACGACAGCUAGUAGUACGUCAUUUUCCAGCAAUUCUACUUGUUUGGUGGUCAAUCGCGACAUGAACCAAUUUAAUAAAAAAAAUCAAUUAAUAUCAGAUGGAAAUUAUUUAACAUUAUUUUAA